AUGUCCACCUCCGAGCUUGCCGUCUCCUACGCCGCUCUCAUCCUCGCGGAUGACGGUGUUGAGAUCACUGCCGACAAGUUGAUGUCCCUCAUCACCGCCGCCAAGGUCCCCGAGGUCGAGCCAAUCUGGACCACCCUCUUCGCCAAGGCCCUCGAGGGCAAGGACGUCAAGGAAAUGCUCCUGAACACCGGCUCUGGCGCUGCGGCUCCCGCUGCUGCCGCCGCCGCCGCGCCUGCUGCUGGUGGUGCCGCGGCUGGUGGUGAUGCUGCCCCGGCUGCUGAGGAGAAGAAGGAGGAGGCCAAGGAGGAGUCCGACGAGGACAUGGGCUUCGGUCUCUUCGACUAA